AUGGCCAGACUGUUUCAGUCCAACAAAGCCCGAGGGCAGAAGCUAGUGAAGGUGUUCUCCAUCAUCUCAGCUCGGUCAUAUGGAGCUGACCGGCAGAUCUUGGACCAGCUGACCGCUCAGGGCAUCACACCUACACAUGAUCCACACCGGAGCGAUGUCAUUCUGCUGUUUUGUCCAAUCCUGACACGAAUCGCAUCUGACCUUGAUGCAGCCGUCAGAAAGAUUCCAGAUGGAGCAAAAGGCAAACCUGUGGUGUUGGUUCUGAUGCAUCACACUUUUGACCCAAACGAAGUCCUGGACAGAACCUGCUGGAGCUCACAGCAUCCCUGUUUAAAGGAGGAAGUGCGUGUGCUUUUCCAUCGGAAUGGACUUCUGCAGUGCGACAGGAACAAGGAGGCGGUGCGGACCCUCAAGACCCUCUGUGACCAGUAUGCAACACUAGACUCCCCAAAGUCUUUCUAUAUUCUGUGUAUGUGCGCCGGUUUGUGGAUCAACAUAGUUCUCUUUAUGGUUGACCGUUGUGUGAGAGUAGCCUUCAUUGCGAAGACAGCGCCUAAAGCUCAAAAGAAGCGAAAGAGUGUUCCAAUGGAGGCCUCAGCAUCACCAGAGUCACCCCUGAACCUGACACAGUGUGUGCCAGAAGUUCUGAGUGCUGUGGUGGGUGCUGGUGUGAGUGUUGUGGUGGGUGCUGGUGUGAUUGCUGGUGAAGGAGCUGGUGUGGGUGCUGGCGUGGGAGCGGGUGUGGGUGCUGUGGUGGGAGCUGGUGUGCAUGCUGCGUGCGCUAACUCGUGGGACUACACUCAUGAAGAAGUGGAAUAUGGACUCGUUCUCUGUGGGUAUGUGGGGGGGAGGGGGGGCUGA